AUGAUCGUUGGGCAGGAAGAGAGGUACCUGUCGGACCUGCACGCCCCCGGAGACCCGUUCUGGUUCUGGUUCUGGUACCUGUCAGACCUGCACGCCCCCGGAGACCCGGCCUGGCGCUGCAUCGACGCCCAACACCAGUGGAUCCUGCAGCUGAUGCAGAGCUGCAGAGACCAGUUCAUCAGUGGAACCACAGUGGGGGGGGGUCCGGACCUGGAGGGGGACGCCCGGGCCUCGGCGCUGACCCGGCUAGGCCACGCCUCGUCUCUGAAGAGAGGGGGAAGUCUGCACUCACCCCGGCCCAGCGCGUGGAGGUCUGAAACUCCCCAGCGGGUCCAGUUCGUGGAGAAACUCUCUGACGUGGUGAUCGGUCAGCUGCCAAACUUCUGGAAACUCUGGAUCUCCUACGUGAACGGAAGUCUGUUCAGUGAGACCGGGGAGAGAUCGGGCCAGGUGGAGAAGUCCAAGAAGAACGCCAGACAGAGACAGAACGACUUCAAGAGGAUGAUUGAGGAACUCACCACCCAGCUGGUGAAGCUGGUCCGGGGGGCCCUGCUCCCCUCCACCCUCCCCCAGGGAAACCACAGUCCCUACGCCGGCUGGGAGAACCAGGAGGAGCUGAGCGGGUUCUGGCUGACCCAGAUCAUCCACACCGUCAGGUCCUGCCACGAGGCGUUGUCCACCCUGGAGAUCCCCAACGACCUGCUGCAGGUGAUCCAGGACCUGCUGCUGGAGCUGAGGGUUCACUGCUUGAUGGUGACGCUGCUGCACACGGCUGAAGAUGUGAAGACUCUGGCGGAGAAGGAGGACUGGGUCGUGGACAACGAGGGCAUCACCAGUCUGCCGUCCCACUUUGAGCAGUGCAUGGUGCAGAUGCUGCAGUCCCUGGAGGAGCCGCUGGAGAUCAAACCGGGGGAAAUCAACGUCCUGCAGCUGGACCAGGUCCAGGACCAGGUCUCAGAGCUCAGCGUCAGCAUCAUGAAGGUGUUUGUGAAGUGUCUGGACCAGCUGAGCACGAAGACGGACGAAGACAUCGAUGCGUCUCGCAGCGUUUCUGCUGACCUGUCGUCCCCGGACCGUUUCUCCGUGCAGGACUCCCCAACGCCGACCUCUGAGCAGCGUCUGCUGAUCAUCCUCAGCACCUGCCAGUACCUGGAGCGCCGGACCUUCCUGAACCUGGCCGACCACCUGGAGAAGCACGGCUUCACCGGGACCGAGAAGAUCACACGGGUGAGCGUGGACGCCGUGCGGGAGCUGGACAGGAAGUUGUUUGAGUCGUACAUCGAGAGACGAGCCGACCCCAUCGCCGGCUCGCUGGAGCCGGGAAUCUACGCAGGAUACUUCGACUGGAGGGACUGCCAGACGCCCACAGGUGUGAGGAACUACCUGAAGGAGGCGCUGGUGAGCAUCAUCACGGUUCACGCUGAGGUGUUCACCGUCUCCAGGGAACUGGUUCCCCGAGUCGUGUCCAGGAUCGUGGAGUCGGUGGCCGAAGAGAUGUGUCGCCUCAUGCAGUGUGUGUCGUCGUUUAGCAAGAACGGGGCCCUGCAGGCCCGGCUGGAGCUCUGCUCCCUCAGAGACGCCGUCUCCACCUUCCUCAACUCCCAGAGCAACGCCGCCUUCCAGCUCGCCCUGGACGCCCUGCCGGCCCUGCAGAGCACCGCCGACAGGAAGUCUCUGGAGGAGCUGCUCAACAGCUUCCGCAGCAGCAUGCAGCUGCAGCUCACCUGCUUCCAGCCGGCCUGCGUGCAGCCGCUCAAGAGAUGAACCAGCAACUUCAUCACCUCUAUCUCUGAAGUUAACACUUCUAUCUAUCAGUCAUCACUUCAUCAGUCAUCACUUCAUCGUUUUAUCACUUCAUUGUUUACUCAUCUUUCUUCUUUCCGUGUAACUUUCAAUUUCUGCUUUACUGCCGUCUCCAGAUGAAUAUCUGCUCUCUGAAUGAGACGCCAGACGAGUCUCGCUGUUACUGUGCAGGACGGUACCGUAUGGUAGUUAUGCUAAUCACUGUUGCUGUAAAUACUUGGUGCAGUUUAAAACAAUAAAACCAUUUGCUUUGAAA